AUGAGUGCCCGGACACGACGACAGAAGGCUGCCCUCGCGGUGCCCGGGGAGGACAGCGAAGAUCUCUCCACCGGCAAUGGCAAUGUGUCGACUCCAUCCAAGUCCAAGCGGACACCCUCAAAGAAACGGUCCCGGUCGGCCUUACGAGAAGAGCCUAGGGAGAACAUCUUUCUGUUCGCUCCAAACCUCAUUGGCUAUUUCCGUGUUGUCCUCGCGAUCGCAUCUCUUUACUACAUGCCCCUCCACCCCAGAACUUGCUCCCUUCUCUAUAGCGUGUCGUGUCUACUUGAUGCAUUGGAUGGAUAUGCGGCGCGGUACUUCAACCAGUCGACCACGUUUGGUGCGGUAUUGGACAUGGUGACGGAUCGCUGCACCACCUCCUGUCUGAUCGUCUUCCUGAGCUCUGCCUGGCCGCGAUGGGCCAUCAUCUUCCAGGGCCUGAUCUGCCUGGACAUGGCCAGUCACUAUAUGCACAUGUACGCCACCCUGAGCAUGGGCGGCUCCGACCAGAGCCAUAAGAAGAUCGAUUCCAGCCGCAGCUGGAUCCUGUACCAAUACUACCACAGCAAGGUUGUCCUCUUUAUUUGCUGUGCUCUUAACGAGCUGUUUUUCAUCGGUCUCUACCUGCUCUCCUUCUCCUCACCCAUCCUUUCGCCUUCGCUCCUGCAGCCCAUUGGGGACGCCCAGCCCUCCUCGGUGCAGCCCGGCAACCCCGCGAACCCCGUGCCCAGCAGCCUUUUCGCCAGCCCCUGGAGCGCUGGCGCCCUUGAGAUGGCCCGCGCCAACAAGAUUGACAGCUUCUGGCCGUGGGUGAUUACGGGGAUCUCAGCCCCGGUCAUGCUGUUCAAGCAGAUCGUCAACGUGAUCCAGCUGGUGAAUGCCAGCCGGUGGUUGGCAGAGGGCGAUGUCCAGGCCCGGCGCGCUAGCCGUCAGAAGUAG